AUGCCCGUGGAUGAUGCGCCAGAUGAUGAAGAUGAUGCAGCGCCAAGGCAAAGUUACAAUUUUGCCCCCGGCUACCAUGGCGUCGUUUACCGCGCCGAUGUACCAGAUUGGGGUGCCGGUUCUCGAAGGCAGCAUGCCAAUGCCUCUGAUGAGGCCGUAAGAGAGCAGCAUACCGAAGUUGGGGAUAAUGACAUUGUUUCAAGCCCCAAGACUAUUAGCUAUAAGUUACAAAGCAUGAAAUGGGGAUUGAUCCCUUUCUGGACCAAGCGCAAUCCGGAUUAUGGUUCCAUGAUGAAGACAAUCAACUGCCGAGACGAUUCUCUCGCACAAAGCGGUGGUAUGUGGAGCACAAUGAAAGCUCGAAAGCGAUGUAUAGUUGUUGCGGAAGGCUUCUACGAAUGGCUGAAGAAGGAUGGUAGUAAAGACAAGAUUCCGCAUUUUGUUAAGCGGAAGGACGGUAAGCUAAUGUGUUUCGCUGGGUUAUGGGAUGUGGUGCAAUACGAAAAUAACGAGCAGAAGCUUUACACCUAUACAAUCAUCACUACAGAUUCAAACAAGCAACUCAACUUCCUUCAUGACCGCAUGCCGGUUAUUCUAGAUAAUGGGUCUCAAGAUAUCCGAACCUGGUUAGAUCCUAAGCGGUCCGAGUGGUCGAAAGAGCUGCAGGCUCUGUUGAAACCUUUCGAAGGAGAGUUAGAAGUCUAUCCCGUUAGCAAGGACGUGGGUAAAGUUAGUAACAACUCACCUAACUUUGUCAUACCUAUCGACAGCAAGGAGAAUAAGUCUAAUAUCGCGAACUUCUUCGCCAAGGGUGCCGCAAAGAAGAAUGCAGCGAAACAGCAGCCACAGGUCACAGUUAAGAAGGAAGAGGGGUUCGUCACCGAAAACUCAACUAAAAUAAAAGAGGAAAACCGGCCUACGACUGGCUUCAAAAGAGAAGCUGAAGAUGAAUCAGCUGGCAGGGAGCCUCCGAAGAAAGUGGCUAUGACUAUGUCGUCCUAA